AUGCCCGAUUUCAGCGGCAUAUUCAUCGACGCUGGUCGUUUCGAACUGGUACGACUCCUCGGCGCUGGCGGCUGUGGAGUCGUGUACCUCGCCAUCGAUCACCACGCCUCGACCUCCUCCUCGAGCGCAACUCCCGUUCAUCGGGCGAUCAAAAUCGUCCGCAAAGUCGGCAGGCCCGAUAUCGAGUACCAGAAGCGGGAAAUCGCCCUACACCGGCUCGUUUCAGACAUCCCACACGUCCUCACGCUGCACGACGCCUUCGAGGACGAGUACUACUUCUACCUCGUCAUGGAAUACUGCGAGAGCGACAUGUACAAGGUCCUGUUCGAGGGCCGGAUGUACCACGAGAACGACGAGCUGGUCCGCUCCGCGUUCUUGCAGAUCUUGGAUGCGGUGCAGGCGUGCCACCGGAGACGGGUGUUCCAUCGUGACCUAAAGCCCGAGAACAUCCUCUGCAACGCGGACGGGAGCGAGAUCUACGUAGCCGACUUCGGGCUUGCGACGCAGAACUCGCGGAGCGCCACGUUCGGCUGCGGUAGCGCGCCCUAUCUCAGCCCUGUAGAGAGCGUUGGUCUGGAGUUCAGCUACCGGCCGUACUCUACGAAACGCGCGGACGUCUGGGCACUGGGAAUCAUCCUCGUCAACAUGAUCACUGGCCUCGGCCCUUGGGAGAAGGCCGUGACAGAGGAUCCCCGCUUCUGCGAGCACCUCCUCGACGGUGGCUACCUGGAGCGCGUCAUCCCAGCCUCGCAGGGUGCCAUCCAGAUCCUAAAGAGAGUAUUCAGGAUCAACCCGCAGUCGCGCCCUAGCCUGGAGCAGCUACGCAGGAGCAUCCUCAACCUCGACACCUUCUUU